AGUUUCCAAAAGAAUAUCGCACAGGCUGGUCGUGAAGUCUUGUCCCGGGAAGUUUGUAAAUUUUUUGGCGGCAAAGUCCGUGAGCAUGUGGUGAUGAUUUUUUAUUUAAAAAGAAAAAUUGAUUUAGGGCACAUCCACCUUGUUUGGGGACCACGGGGCGCGAAUCCAAAUGAAAACAAAUUGUAAAGAAAAGAGAACCAACAUUGCGCGAUAGCAAAGUGAGAAAAUUCAAACGCACCAAAAUUCGCACGCACAGAAUUUCCGCACAUGGACGGCAGAGAAGCUGAAAAAAAAUUAAAAUAAAACUUUGAUAAGAUUUUGUAAGUAUUGUGCGUGAAUGAAUUAUUUUUCUCAAACACACUGUUGCUGAUAAAAGACUAAAUAAUACAACAAAAAGGAACAGCAGAAAAAAUGAUGAUGGGACAAUGUGUAAAUUUUAUGUGUGAAAGAAAGUCAAUUUGCUGAAUAAUUAAUUGGUGAUAACGCAAAGUGUGGUAAAAGAAGAUUACCGCGUACACGCCAAUUUAAACGAAGCGCAGGACUGUUGAAGCUCUUUCGGCAACAUGCAGCUUACAAUCAGAUUUUGGCUGCUGUUUGCAAUGGGUGCAAUGGGCGCCACAUCAGGAGAUCACCUGUCCCCGCGGGAACGUUUGCAGAUGCACAAGGCAUGGCUGGAACGACGAGCAGCAAAGAAGGCUCAACUGCAGGAUCUCGAGAAUUCCUCCCACUUCAGGAGAGUUAUUAAAUUCAAAAAUGACCGCGAACCAAUACACACCAAUGAUAUCUCCUUCAUGCCGAAGCAGGACUUUGAUGCACCCUCAUCGUAUGAUGAGAGUGAGCGCAACAAGUACGACGUCUUCGAGGCGGAAAUGAAUAUGACAACAACAGCCUACCCCACGACUACAGAUGUGGUAGCAGAUGAUGAUGAUUUACAAAAGGGUCCCCCCAGUGUAGUGCAGCUGAGGAAUAGCGGAGGGAAUGUUGAGGGCACGAGGUGGGAAUCCGCAGAAACGACGACGACACCUGAGGCAACAGCAAUGCCAACGACCUCAGCAUCCUCCAGGUCAGAACAGGGACGGAGGAAUAAACAAGGGAACAAAGGGAAGAAUCACCAGAAGCAGAAGAAAGGUGGAGGCAAUGGGUACAGAUACUGGGGCCCAUGGGGAAAUUGGACAGAAUGUUCUAGGUCAUGUGGAGGAGGCAUUAAGAUGCAAUCCCGUGAAUGCAUAGCUAAAGUAUUCAUCAAGCAGGGUGCGGAGAAGGCCAAUGGAGUCAUCGUCCGAAAUAGCACAGAAUGCAUUGGACUGUACAAGAGGUAUAACAUCUGCAAUGAGCAGGAAUGUCCCGAUGGGAGCCAUCAGAAGGAUUUCCGUGAGCACCAAUGCUCCCAAUUCAACUAUCAAACUUUCCGCGGGAAACAGUAUGUCUGGGAGGCAUUUUUAAAGGAGGAUGCCGAGUGUGAAUUGAAUUGUAAGCCCGUUGGACUCAAUUAUUUCGCCACAUUGAACAACACCGUGAUUGAUGGAACGCCAUGCACGAAACCAGCAGAGUACUAUCGGAGGAACUUCCAGGGACGAGCUGUGUGCGUUGAGGGAAUUUGUAAGAUGGUACACAACAGUGGCAUCAUCGUGGGGGCCUACAUGAAUAAUGGUGCAGUCCGGUGCGGAAAUUUGAUUUGUCGUCCAAUUUCUGAGAUCUUCACAAAGAGCCCCCUACCCACGGGCUAUGUCCACAUUGCCACAAUCCCGAGUGGAGCCUCAAAUAUCUCAAUAACAGAGCAGAAAAAUUCAAUUAAUCUGCUUGUUUUGCGCAAUGAGAAUCAAUCGUCCAUCAUCAAUGGGGACUACACGGUGUCCUCGAGUGGGAUUUAUGAGGCUGCUGGCACCACAUUUGACUAUCGACGCAUCGACAGUGCCAUCAAUGGAGUCACAGAGUGGAUUACAUCCCUUGGCCCCACAGCAGAGCCCGUGCAACUCAUGGUUUUGGCACAGCAGCAGAAUCCAGGGAUAAAGUAUGAGUAUUUGCUACCCAUCAAUGCACUGUCGUCGUCGGGAUCAGACGAGGAUGGCACGGAGAGUAUGUCGGCGGAAACGGAAGCUCCAUCGAAGGCAUCAACCCUCAAAUCCGGCAGUGAGACCGAAGGGCAACCACAGAGGCAUCGCAGAAGGAGAUUCCAGUGGAAAGUUCUGAGAUUUCAGCCUUGUAGCAAAACUUGCGGAGGCGGCAUCCAAAGCCCUGUAAUAAAAUGCGUCCGGGAUGGCUCUGUAAAGAUUUCACCGCCAAAGAAAUGUGCCCAUAUUGAGAAACCAACUCUGACCACGCAGCAGUUGCGCUGCAACAUCCAACCUUGUCCGCCAUAUUGGAAAAUCUCCCCGUGGGCUGAAUGCCAGUGCGGUGUGGACAAUGGGAAUCAACCCUUCCAGACACGUGAGGUACGCUGCGUUCAGGAAAUCAAUGGUGAGAGAGUCAUUCAGGUUAACAAUGCUGCAUGCGUUGAGGAGCAACCUACAAGUCGACAGCCGUGCGAAUGUUCAAAGCUAGUGAAGCCCCCACAGAUGGAGGUGCAUAAAAAUCACCUGGCUCCACUCUACUACCAGCACGGAUUGGAGAAUGCAACAACACCCAGACAUACGAGGAUGCAGCAUCAGCACAUAUCGAGAAGAACGAGAAAAUCAGGAGUUUGGUUGGUGUCUGACUGGACUAACUCUUGCUCCGUGGAUUGUGGAGUUGGUGUACAGUUCCGUCAGAUUUUCUGCGACAGAGCACCACCAAGUAGUGAUCGGUGUGAUCUCAAAUUCACCCCAGACAAUGUGCAGCAAUGCAUUUCGGAGAAGAGAUGCAACUUUGGGGAAUGGUUUGCUGGACCUUGGAGUGAGUGCUCUGGAGACUGCUUCAACCUUACGAGAUCUCGACAAAUAUUCUGCAUAAGGGAUGAAGCAAUUAUUCAGGACAACAACUGCGAUGAAUCUGUAAGACCAGUAACGACAAAAUCAUGCAGUUUGUCCGAGAUGAAGGAGUGUGGCCCACGGUGGAUGUACUCUGAGUGGACAGAGUGUACAAAACCAUGCGGUGAGGGGAGUCAGAAGAGAGUUGUGAAGUGCUUUGAGCCAAAUAUCCGUGAGAAGUUGAUGCAGGAAUCAGGUGAUUGUCUCUAUUCGGAGAAACCAAUUGCUUUCCGCAGAUGCAACUCUCAUCAAUGUGAUGGAACAGCCACGACGGAACAGUAUUUAGCAGACCCCCGUGUGGAUCUCGUACAGAAUGACAUUGUGCAGGAGUGCACAGAUGAUUUCCCCAAUUGUCACUUCCUCAUCCACCAGACACGUCUCUGUAGUCAUUCAUACUACAGCACACACUGCUGCCACACAUGCAGAAAAAUUGAGGAGCAUUACCACAAUUGAUGAAUUCCUCGCUCUCAGUUCGAGGAAUUUACCUUUAGACACAUAGUUUAAUGAUCACAAAUUUGUAUUGUGUUUCGAUAGAUCUUUUUUUUUGUAAAUUAUUUCAAAUUAUUUUUUUGCUUCUUUUCGCUCAAUAUCCUGCCAUAAUCAGCAUUAAUACACUUCAUUUUUCAAAACCUUUAAAA